UCGUUUUUCACGUGCCAGAGUCACAUUCGAGAAAUCAGACAUUGAGAAGACGGCAGAGGAGUGGAGACUGGAAGAGCGCAGCUCUCAAUGUUUUUCAAGGCCCCCGUGCAUGUGGUGCACUUGUAGUUUGUGCGUAAAACAAAAAUGCGCGGGGAGACGGCGCGCACGCUCGCUGGGGAUCAGUCUGAACAGGUCAGGACGCAGGGCGAUAUUGAAGAUUCUGCGUGAGGUUAGAUUGCGGCCAGACCCGAAUGAAAUGAGUGGCUGACGACUGACCUCUCUCUCGCUGCACCACCACCACCAGCAACCUGUAGCAUCAAAACCAGUGCCUCUUCACCAGCCUGAUUCACAAACACACACCCACCCACCCACGGACACACAGUUACCCAACAGAACACCAUCAGACUGUGACAUCAGGUGCAAGGGGAUGACCGAACGUAUUCACCACAUUAAUCUCCACAACUUCAGCAAUUCUGUACUCGAGACCCUCAAUGAACAGCGGAACCGCGGGCACUUCUGUGACGUGACUGUUCGGAUCCACGGUAGCAUGCUGCGAGCUCACCGUUGCGUGCUGGCUGCGGGGAGCCCCUUCUUUCAGGACAAGCUGCUCCUGGGCUACAGCGACAUCGAGAUCCCCUCUGUGGUUUCCGUGCAGUCGGUCCAGAAGCUGAUCGACUUCAUGUACAGCGGCGUGCUGCGCGUUUCCCAGUCCGAGGCCCUGCAGAUCCUCACGGCCGCCAGCAUCCUUCAGAUCAAGACCGUCAUCGACGAGUGCACCCGCAUAGUAUCGCAGAAUGUCGGCAUCGGCGGAUCCGGCAGCUUCCCCAUGGUGCCGGGCGACUCGGGGCAGGAGACGCCGCGGGGAACUCCUGAGUCUGGCACGUCCGGUCCCAGCAGCGACGCCGAAUCGGGCUACAUGCAAACAACGUCCCAGAGCCUGGAUCGCGUCUAUUCCUCGCUUUAUUCCAGCUGCCCGGGGUUGGGCCUGCAAAACGGUACCCGCGGAAACCGCUCCCACUACGUCGGUACAGCCGUGGUGUCCAGUUACGACUCGCCCCUGCCGCUACAGCAGAAGGAAGGAGGGCAGGACCCCGCCUGGAUCACCCGCAUCCACGAGCGUUCCCAGCAGGUGGAGCGCUUCCUGUCCGCGUCCGAGACCACGCACUGCCGCAAACAGCCUCGUCCCGUGAGGCUCAACACGGGCGACGUUCACAUCAAGCAGGAACAGGGGGACGAGUACAGCUGCUACGGCCUGGAGGACUGUCGCGAGGACGGCGAGCAGCCGGAGUGCAACGAGAGCGAGCCCAAAGGCGAGAGCUUCGACUCGGGAGUCAGCUCCUCCAUCGGCACCGAGACCGACUCCGUCGAGCAGCCGUUCCUGUCCGCGUUUGGCCGAGAGAACUGUCAGAACAAAGGCCAGCAGGGUGGGAGCGAGACACCCAUGCAGAUCGAGGUCAACGACUCGUCUCCCGAGCAGACUGAAGAAGUCAUCGAGCACACCGGCGGAAACGGGCCUUCGCAGGAAAGCGGCGAACUCGGAGUCCAUCAGCCGCCUCAAGCCAACUUCGCCGCAUCUCAGUCCAUGCAAGGCGGCCAGCUGUACUUGCGGCCGGGUGAGCCGCUUACCAGCAACCUGCGCAUGCCCCUCACCUUGACCAGCAACACCCAGGUAAUGGGAACAGCGGGCAACAAUUACUUGCCCACGCUCUUCGCCGCCCAGUCCGCCAGCGACAACAAGCCUUUCCUCUUCAGUCUGCCCCAGUCUAUCGGGAGUCAGCAGCCGCAGUUUGUGGCAGUGCCCUCCCCUGGCAUGCAACCAUUUCCCGGCGGGCUGACGGUGCCACCGGCUGGAGGUCAACAGCAAGUUCCCGGACCCAUCAUACAGCACGGGGAAAAGAAGCCGUAUGCUUGUACGCUCUGUAGUAAGACCUUUACUGCCAAACAAAACUACGUCAAACACAUGUUCGUGCACACCGGUGAAAAGCCGCACCAGUGCAGCAUCUGCUGGCGUUCGUUCUCGCUGAAGGAUUAUCUCAUCAAACACAUGGUCACGCACACCGGCGUGCGAGCGUACCAGUGUAGCAUCUGCAACAAGCGCUUCACGCAGAAGAGCUCGCUCAACGUCCACAUGCGCCUCCACCGCGGCGAGAAGUCCUACGAGUGCUACAUCUGCAAGAAGAAGUUCUCCCACAAGACCCUGCUGGAGCGCCACAUGGCCCUGCACAGCACCGGCACCGGCGUCUCCGGGGUGAACGCGGCGGGGAGCGGCGGAGGCCCCGCGUCCAUCCCCGUCCCCAUGGCCGUUCCCGAGCCCGGAGCGGGCGUGGUGGCUCUGGCCAUGCCGGUGGGAGCGGGCGGCACGGGGGGCGGCGUCGGGAGCGCCGGAGUGGGCGUGGCGGCGGAAGCCAGCUGCCAGGAGGGGACCACCUACAUGUGCUCCGUGUGCCCCGUCAAGUUCGACCAAAUCGAGCACUUCAACGACCACAUGCGCAAGCAUGUCUCCGACGGAUAAGUACAAACAAACAAAAAAACUUACACGAGAAAGAAUGACAUGAUAACGAAAAUGGCACUAGAUUUUUUUUGUUUCUUAUAUUGGGGCAUGAAGAGUAAUGAGUAUAGACACUGGCACAUUAAGUUUUCUAGAAAAAGAAGCGUUUAAUUUCUUUUCUUUUUUUCGUCCUUGCUAUUCUUAAAGAAUAAAAAUGAUGGUUGCCUUAAGGCUGUGUAGUUGGAUAAUGAUCCACUGGCUGGAUCCAUACUACUGGCCUCUAAAUGUAUGCUUUCCUUAAAAUACUGAUUUACGUGUUGAACACUACCGAAAGGCCUGCGAAAGAACACACACACACACAUAUGAGAAAAGAAAACAGAUUCACACGUCGACACGAACACACACGGCCGUGCAUGCACUCACACGCACAAAUGACCUAUACACACACACACACACACACACACACACACUUAUAUAUGGUAGAGGUAUUUUGUACGUUUGUGUAUUUGUGCAUGUGAGCGUGCGUGUGCGCAGAAAUAAACAUUGCAGUGAAUUUUUUUAACUUGUAGAUCUUUUCCCAUGUAGACCGUAUUGGACACUAUAAACGUCCAAGCUUACUGUGGUAUAGAUUUAAAAACAAACCAACAAACGAACGAAGAAAAAAAAAAACGUCAUUUGGCUCUAGAUUCAUUCUGAAGUACCGAUGGUCACGUGUUUGCCUUUUAUGUGUGCUAAGAAUAAGCGAGUUGUUGGAUUUGACACUGGGUUUUUAUUUAUUAUUAUAUGGCAUUGAGGGAUGUCGUUGUUGUCAAGCCAGUUUUAAUAAUUGUACUAAAACGAACGUUUUUUCUUUUUUUUGUAAGUGGUUUUAUUAUCGUUUUUUUCUCCCGCGACACUUUUUCGAUGGUCAAGUUUACAAAAAAUCUAAGCGUUUAUAAAUGACAGUAUUCAAGAUUUCCGAUGCGUUUCGCAUACACUGCCACUGCGAAGAAGACUGUUAGUCGACCUCUUCCACUUCAAAACGAAAUCUGAUACAAAGUCCCCGCUUUAUUUGGGACGAUCGAUUCGUUCUUCUCAUUUACUCCACGCUUCUGUUUCAAAGCGACGACGAAAAAAGGAAAACGGCAGAUGUUUGUAUGCAAACGGGCCCAGAAUCCAAGUCACCUGCUGCUCGACACAUGCUCACUUUGAGACUGUUAUCAGCGUGAUGUGGACAUUACUAUCAUUAUCGUGAAAGAACGAGCAGAAACUCUGUGUUUUCUGUCGACCGCGUUGCGGCGGCGGCCGUUUGGGGUCUCAGAGGGGCGCUUCAAAUGCACUACUCCUGUUCCUAAAGCCCCUCGUGACGGCUCCGGCGGCCGUCGCCGUUUUACGCCGACGGGAUCUGCAGAUGGCGCUAGAGAGUAACGGACGGAUAUACUAGGGACACAAGGCCACCAAAAACAUCUACUGAACCACAAUAAAAAAAAACACGGUCAUUCUUCUUUAAUAUACCGCAGAUUCACAGACUCGAAACAAAUACGAAACAUUCCCAGUUUUGUCGACAUUGUGUGUGUCGAGUGUACUUCAGAAGGGUUUGUCAUUUUGGUGUAACGUCACUCAAAAGCUCUGUGUUCAUGUUUGGCUUCGUCGUACACGUGUUUCACGGACAUAAGAGACUCACUCGUCUGCCGCGCAACUGCAAUCUGGCUACUUUUGCUCUCUUGCUUGAGUAGAUACACCUUUGUAGUGUAGUUCAAAUGAUGACAAACGUACACAAUUCAUGUUGGACAUUUUCCUAUCGGGAAUCUGCUCGAGUUGUAGGUUUAAGAGAAAAAAAAACAGUGCUACUUUGCACAAUCCUGUGCUUAAACGUUGAAUUGUUUUACUUAUGAAAUGAAAUUCUAUGAUUUUCAUUUUUUUUGUUUUCAUUGUUUAUAAAGGAAAUAUCUUUCUUAAAAGCUUGAUGAGAGGACUGCAUUGUUUUCUUGCAUAUAUGUUGCACUGCUUAAACCAAUAAGUGCACUACUGUUACCAGAGAUAUUCUAGUUUCUAGAGAUAAUCAUUUUUUUUAUUAUCAAAUAUUUGUUUCUAUAGUUCACUUGUGUUUUAGUUGCUUUGUUCCUUUUUAUUUCUUUUUUUGUUUUGUUAUUGUUGUUGUUUAGAUGACGAGAUGAUUAAAUUUGUCUUGGCUUUGUUAUCAUCACUUGCUAUUGUAUUUACUUUGUGCUGUUUAUGCAAGCAUUGUUUUCUUUAUUUAUAUUCAAUUCUAUUGUGAGCUCGCCCCCGGUCAGGCGCUUACGAUGCCUUCCUUACACCCCCCUCCCUCCAUCCCAGCAUCACAGCAGUUGAUUAAGUCAAGCAAAUGCUCGGUUUUCUCAUUCAUACAAAUCCUAUUAAAAAACGUAAAAAUCCAAAAAAAGGAAAAAGAAUCUUAGUGUGUGCCUAAAUAUAUGAUACACGUGUUUUAGAACAAGUAUGUUUCUAUGAGAGCAUCGUAGUGCAAAGCUUUUUUUGCUGUCUAGGGAUCAAACACAUUUACUUGGGUGUGUGUGUGUGUGUGUGUGUGUGUGCGUGUGCGUGUGCGUGUGUUUAUUCCUGUAGUACGUCUCGAUGUCUGUGUUGUACAAUCUGUGAUGCCUGGACUGUAGGGCUUCCUUUGCAAUAUGCAGUACAGGUACGGUGACAACAUUUUACUUAGAAGUGCAUUUGGUAUUUUUCUCAAGAACAAUCAUUUCGGUUUUUCCCGAAGUAAACAACAUGUCACUUGUUACAGCACUUGCUUUACACCUGUAUGAUACGACCCAGCGUGAGAGUUUGGUAAAAAAACAGAUCUCACAGAAAUUCGUCACUAUUUUACGAGGUGGCUAAUUUGUACAAAUUCGUACUAUGUAAAUCAUACGAAAAAAAUGGUUAACGAAGCUCCACCUCCAAACCUAAUCGGCGCCGAAAGCCGAUCAUAAAACAACAUUAGAAUUAGUCACUUUGUAAAAUGACGAAUUACUGUAAGUUGAGCCAAACAUCACUUUUUUAUUCGACUACAGGCUAUGUUGGAUGGGUUUGAGGGGUCGCCGUGUGUUUUUUGGUCUCUUCGUUCAGAUAGUUGCGUUGAAUGACAGAACGUAUGUUGGUUAUAUUUGACCCUGCCGUCGGUUUUUUGACAACAAUGGAUAUUUUUGAUUGUGGAGUCGGUUGUCGUUUCUCGUUUGUAGUUGUGUUGAUAGUAGUCGACAUAAUCUGCGAAAUGCGCAAAUCAAAAGUGUAAAAUUUGGCAGGAGUUAAAAUUCCUUUAUUGGUGGUAAGAGCAUUCAAAAAAAGUUGAAAAACGCAACUGUGUCAAAAAUGUCGAUUCACGUGUACGUAACCCUGUAGCAGAAGAUACAAGCAGGGUCACCAAGCAAACGCAUUAACAUUUCUACACCUUAAUGUUCUUAAAAAGCACUUAAAAAUUAUGAAUCAAUGUCACUUCCAAAUAUUUGUUAUUUUGGCUGUGUCCUCACUGAUAGCCUUAAAGAUAUUUGUAAUAAAAAAAAGCAGCCAAAUGCACUAUUGCUUGUAAAGGUGCCGAUUGUUUUGGUUUAUAUUACACAAGGGAUAUAUUUAAGAGAAGGGCAGAGAAAAGAAACAAGACUAUAAAUCCCAUCCUCGCAAUACAGUAUUGGACAGUUGUUUAUGAAGGACGUGUCGCUAACGUACAUGCAAAUGCUAAUUUCUCCGCUCACGUUCGUAUGGAUUCAUAACCGCCGAUUCAUGUAUAAAAAAAUCUCGCUUGUGUUGAAGUGCUACAGUACGAUAAUUCCAACAUUAUUGUGACUCUGUGUUUGUUCAUAUAUAUAUAUAUAUAUAAAGGAAAAACGACAAUAACGAGAAAUCAUUUUAUUUCACCGAGACUUUGUAGUUUGUGAAAGUGUAAACGCUGCACGAUAAUGUUUAGACACAAUUCAAAAGCUUAUAUGUCGCGUCAAUGCUCACUUUCAUCGCAUCUCGACCGGACGACGUUCUUCUCAGCAUUGCGGUGAACACUCUUAGUGUCUAAACCUGAUAGACUUUUUUACAUUACUUACAGUAUAUAUUUACGAGUCAUAAAUGUAGACGUAGCUCUUAUUUUUGUUUCUGUUGUCGCUUCAAAUGGUAAUGUUAGAUUGCAUAUUAAUUUUCUACAGUGUACAGUAUAGAUACAGCAUACCGAUAAGUUUUUGUUGUAGGACUACCCCGUACCGUUUCCCUUGCUAUUCAACGAUGGUACUUUUUUAAUCGUUUGUUUAUGAAUAAUAUCUAUUUCUAGUUAAAGCUUUUGGGUGUAGAAAGACUUCAUCGCUAAUAUUUAUGCGGGAGCAAAAGAUGUUGCGCUCUCUUGACAGAAUGACUUGAAACAGUUAAAUGAGUUGUUAUAUCGUACGCUCAGAGUCAAUAUAUAUAUAUAAUAUAAUGUAUAUGUAUAAUAGUGGUUUGAGUAAACCCCGCUGGAUUUUAAUAAAGACUUGUUCUUCAUUCCCCGAUCGAACCUAACGUUGCUGCAUUGAAAUCUUUCAUCUGGCAAUUCUUUUCGUUUCAACAACUUGAUCUUCUCAACACGCUGGUUGAUAUAUUUUAAAACGACAGGAGAUCUCUUCAUCAGCAUCUUUAAGAAGUACUGUAACCAAAACACACCACCUAACACUGUACGCGCUGAGUUUUACGAUGCCUCUCCUUUGUAGAAGACAAAAAAAAUGAAGUGCCUCUUUUUACAGUUCCAAGCUUACAAUAAUACUGUUGUUUUUAUUCUAAUAUAUGAAUACGUCACGAAACGAAAACAAUUCACUGCCUAAAACGAAUCGCAUACAUGAAUAUGAACUGUCAACUCAACAUGCAAAGUUUGAUGACGACUACCAGCAAUAAGUUAUGAAAUAAAUAAACAAACAAACACACAUUUGAGGACCAUUAUUAAGUAAGGGUGUUUUAUUCUCUUUUAACCCCUGAAAUCACCAAAAUAACAGGUUUUGUACUACAAUAUACUGCGCUAUAUUGUUUCCAAAGUGCCCCAGUUCAAACGAAUAAUCAUGAAAAAACACGUGCAAAUACAUUUUCGUUUGGUUUCGUGUUUUUCGAAUUGCCUUUUGCUUAAAUGCGUCACAUAUUUGAAAUGCCCUGCGUGAAAUGUCUGCAUUUUCACUCUGCGGUUUAUUGGACCCAGUUUGUCCAAAUCCAUUUGUUCUUCCUGCCGAUCUCGUUCUCGAAUGGUUCGUACGAUCGUCGUAAUAUCGUGAGCACCGUACUCGAUAUUGUGAUGUGCGUGGGAACAGAGGUCCCGUUUGUCAUUGUUCCAAAAGAUUCGAGGGUGGAGAUUUCACAGACGUUAAAGAGAAUUACAGUCAAGCGGUUUUGGAGAAAUGAUUCCAGUUUGAAGCUUUGUAGUCCGAAGACACCCAACCAUAUCACACGUUCAAUACCAAACGACUGUAAAAGCCAAGCGUACUUCUUUCUUCCCCAGAGGUUCCAUACGUUAGCAUGCUUCGUGUCGUCUUUCCGACUCUUAUCUACAAUAUGGCUCUGAAUGGUUUUCACUAAUGAUUCUACGAUGUUCUUCUGCUUGUAUCAUACGCUCGAAUCCAAAGACGAAGCAUUUACUCUAUUUAUGACUACAAAGUGUGUUUGUUUUUUCAGAAACCAUAGAAAGCUAUACAUAUAUUUACAGAUUUUAACAGGAGAAGCAAGCAAAGUAACAUAAUAUCUUCAGAUGAAUCGUAUAUUUAUGAUAGUUCAGAUACCUGCAGUUUCUUUACGGAUGGAACACGCUGGCUGGUCAAUGACACGGAUCCUGUCGCUGUGUUUGAGGAAAACAUGCGCGUGUCACGUGCGUGUUCAAGAUGACUUGUCAUUCACAACUUAAACCUGUGAGUUUGUUUGGGGUUCUGAUAGUCAGCGUGUUUUAGAAAGACUCACGUUUGUAGUUAAGGGUCCGCGGGGCUUUGAGAGGAGGGCAGAUGAUGAUCUUUACACUCGAUCGCGAGUGAGCGGUAAUGACGAUGAUGAUGGCAUGUAUUCUGCAUGUUUUGUGCUCUCUAUAUCCCCCACAUGUACCGGCGUCUGACUAUCUGUUGGCUUUUUGUACGACACCCCGUAUGUUUUCAACUAAACCAUCGGUUAACCCGACAGAGUUUGUUCUGCCACUACGGUGCCUGAGUGUAAAUAAACCAAUACAGUUUCAUAUCAAUUCAUUCGGGAUGAAAAUCGGGUGUGAAGUUUACACCGCAAGGCCAAAAUCAAACCAUUGCUGUGAUAUUAUAGAACGUCCCAUAUAGCGUUUAAACACUAUAGGUGAUAAUAUCAUUCGCAAUGUCGAAGCCGCCAUACACAGGGUUGAGCAAAAUUCAGAUUUGAAGAAUGAAAUCCUUUUGUUUAUGUCAAUUCUAAAUUUGCUCAUGCUUUUCCAACAGGAUUUCCAAUUGAAGUUACCGAAGGCAAAAUUACAGAAAAUUUGCCGGAUAUACAUAUUGAUCACACAAAACACACAUGGUUUAUUUUGUCAUUUUUCAGCUGAUUAGAUUGACAAGGGACAGUUUGAACAUUCAUUUACAAAUGUCAUGUGCGUGUAUCAUAAAAAAAUCGAUUAAAACAACUACUUGCAACACAUUGCAAUUGAAAAUGUGAAAAAUUUGAAUUUUUAAGGAAUUUUUUAUCCCAUUUUAUAAUUCAAAAUGUAUAACAGCAUUAUUGUGAACUGUCAACCCUGUUACUGCUGCCUGACACUGACAUGAGUUUAUGACCAUUUUUCUAUACGCUCCGAAACAUAAAUAUUAUAUAAAUCAGAUAUGUUUAUGGACGUUAAUGCAGAUUGGUGGACAGGAGAAAACUGCUGACAUUCAUUUACAUUACUAACUCAAUAUGAUUUACACAACAUUGUAAAUCUAUGUACACGUAGCCUCUUCUCACAUUUUCAUUUUAUUGAUAAAUCGCUUUUUAAUUCUAAACGGAUCUUAUAGAAAUAAACCUCAUUGUAGAUACAUAAUAUAAUAUCUUAUAAAGUGGAAUGCUUCAGUCACCCAACAUCUCUCUCUCUCUUUGUAUAUACAAACAUGUUCGUGUACGUGUGACCUGCUCCAUUAUUUUGGGUCAAUCGGACGCAGAAACACAUUUUGAGUUGAAUACACUAAAGUCUCAGCUUUCCACAUAGAGAUAAUGAUGAUGAUUUAAACACAGGCUGAAAGUGAAAACAAGCAUCUUUUUCACAGCAUUCGACUAAAUUGUUGAAACAAAAUAAUGAAGACGCACGCCAACAACCGUUUUUUUUACUUUAUCUGAAUUUUGUACAGUUUUUCAGAGGUACGGCUAACAUUAGUUGUUUACAUCACGACAUCUACGCGCGUGUGAAACUACGACAGGGCGAUUAUAAGCCAAUCACAUUUAUCUUCAUAGAUAUUCAUUUUAUUUAAAGGAGAGAGGAUGAAAAGCUGAGACUUUAAACCAAAAUUCAAGUUUUUCCAUAACAAGCCAUUAUAAACGGCCCAUUUUUCUUACUGUACAUGAUGGAACGUACGGAACAGUUUCAAUUCAUCUUCACAUAUUUAUCCGCUUUUCUAAGAAUCGUACAUACUUCUAUACAAACGCAUUGCAAAUGUGACACUAAAGUUAGGUACAUAUUUUUCUUUGCCAGAUGCGUGUGAUGAUAUACAGUAUUAGUGCAUAUAGUAGAUUAGUGUGUCAAGAUGGAUCAUAUACAGUACUGAUGAUCUCUCUUAAAAAUAUCCACUUUCUUGGAGUCUUUUGUACUUGACAUAGUUACCAUUAAACAAAACACAAUUUGAGUCCAGCAGAAGAAAGCUUUAUUCAUUAUUAUCAGUCAAUCUUUUCCAGAAUAAUAAUAUUUUCAUUUGUUAUGUGUUCCAACUCAAGCCCAUCUUUCUUUAUUCACGACGCUUAGAUUUCUCUCUCUCUCUCUCUCUCUCUCUCUCUCUCUCUCUCUCUCUCUCUCUCUCUCUCUCCCUCUCUCUGUCUCUCUUUCUCUCUCUCUCUCUCUCUCUCUCUCUCUCUCUCUCUCUCUCUCUCUCUCUCUCUCUCUCUCUCUCUCUCUCUCUCUCUCUCUCUCUCUCUCUCUCUCUCUCUCUCUCUCUCUCUCUCUCUCUCUCUCUCUCUCUCUCUCUCUCUCUAAUGCUGAAUUGAUGUUUGAAGCGCGGCUGCUUUCAGACAAAUCUGUUGAAAUCCUUUCAUUCAGUAAAGCUCGUUCUCUAUUUUCCUCUCAUAGAGAAUACAGGAAUCAUCACAUUAACUUUAAAUGGCUUGAGCAAAUCCUGUGAGGUUUUGUGUAACUAGUGAUUUAAUGCUUAGUGUACAUAACUAAACUGUAACAUAAAAUAAUAUGCAAAACCCUGCUUACAGACUUCAGUCUGAACGUUUUCCAGGUUUUAAUAUACACAUACACACGCUGCGAUCCAUAGAUGAAUAGUCGACCAAUAAUGUCCAUGUCCAAACAAAAUAUUUUGAUUUUUUUUUUUUUUAAGCAUGUUGAGAAUGUUUGCAUCACAUCAUAUAAUCAUUCGGGCAUCGGUUCACUUUGAUUUCUUUUUCUUUGAACCUUUGUUUUAAUUCUUGUUGUACCAAAUGUGUUGAUGCCUGAGCAACACGAAGUUAAAAAGAGUCCAACGUUUCAGACAUAUUUGGCAUACCCAACGUUUAUUCAAAUGAAAUAAAAGCCUGCUGUACUGUGGGUCUAUAAAAUUCCUUUUGACACCAAAGAUUUUUUUGAAGAUCUAUGAAAGAAAUGUGAAAACGUCAAACGGUAUUUGGCUGAAAUGCGGUCGUGCGUGGGUUCUAUACAUGCAGACCACAGUUGAAAUGUUUUAUAGACAUGUGAUAAAACAGAACGAUUUCACAGCACAAUUGAAUCAUAAGCAUUUGUUUUCGAUUCCAAGAUUUCAGUUUUAAAAGAGUUUAACCCGAUCUGCCCUUUCAUUGCUUGCUGUUGUUUUUGCUUUAAUUCUUCCUCCUUCAGUAUUCCAGAUUCUCUGCUUACAGUACAGUGGAUUCUGAGAUUCAGUUUGGACUUGUCAAGAUGGACCAAGCCGUUUAUCUCUUGUGUUUGCACGGAUCUGUCAAUGUUAGCUUUUUCGUUUGGAAGCUCCUGCUCAUACAAUACAUUUACCACCAAAUCAUCCACCCAUAAAACAUCUUUCAAACUGCCUUAUGAUUUGUUUUCCAUGUCCAUUUCAUGUCGCGUUAUUGGAAUAAUGUAGAAAACAACAGAGUGGACAUUUACUUGCCAUCAUUUCAGAUUGAAGGACCAAAUUCCCUCUAAAGUAACACAAAUGUAAUGUGAAUAUCAGGACGGAUUAUAACUGAACUCCCUUUAAACAGAUCUGUUGGGAUUCAUCAUUAUAUAUACAGUAUAUCCAUAUCUAUCGUUUUUUCUGCUUUACCGGUGACAUGUAGGUGAGCAGGGUUUUAGUUGAUUUUAAAACCACACGUUUGGUAUCUGUCACUGUUUAAAGCCAUAUCUUAUGUCUUUUGGGUUCCUGUUGUUUUCUUUCAUUUGCAUUAUUUUGUUUUCACACAUUUCAAAGUUCAUACUGAAGCAUGAAAAACUGAGCAAAGGUGGAGCUGUGGUAGUGAAGGUAUUAAACAUCGCGCAGUAUUCAAACAUUCAUCCUCACAUGGGAAGUGCUUAAAGUUACAGGCCUUGAAGAGAGAGACAGACGAUAUCAUGGAAGUAUAGAGAAGACGAUUUACGUAAACAUCAGAAGAGUUUAAUUAUUGUAAAUAACGGAUUGCUUUGUAAUACACCUGCUGUUAGAGAUAUGGAAUAAGGACUUGUUUAGUGUGUGUUAAAGGCCUUUUUGUUUUUAUGUCAGACACUGGAUUAGAGUGAUUUUUCGAAAAAUCCAAAGUUUUGUUUUUGAUCUACAUGUGAGACCCGGAUACAGAACGAUUCCACCCAACAGAUUCAGCCACUCAGCCACACUCGAUGGUCUCCAAACAAUCACCGCCAUACCAUAACCACCAUCUCCCGUUGUAAAAGAAUCGCACGCUUACACUAUUCAAAACCACUCAACUAAUACAGUACGAGGCAUGACAGAAACCACUAAAAAUACAUCAGCCGACCAGAAUUCCUGUAGCAAUCCUCAUUGACUUCAACCCAGAUACCACACGUCAACCCAGAAAAGACUUUUGCACUAAAACGAUUCUUGAGUCUUCUUUGAGAAAUAGCAAUAGAACGCGGCACGCGCUUCAAAACCUACCGCGUAAAACCAGAAAAUGUUUCUGCGCUCUUAAAUGACGCUGUUUGCUUCUAAACAGGCACAAUAGAGAAGAAGUGGGAUGAUGGCGAGGCCGUACACAUGGAUAGAAAUGCUGUACUUUAAAAAAAUGAAACGGAGUGGUGUCCGGAGGAACACAAGAGGAGAAGGAGGUGGCGGACGCUCCCAGAAACAUGAACAUGCUUGAAUGUUCAUCAAUAUGUAAUGAGUGUAGAUUUUGUCGUUGCUGAUCUUUGCGAGUAGAUCUCGGUGCUGACGUGUUUCUGGGACUUAAAAAACUUUGAAUACAGGAACGGCUUUUUUCCUUUCCUGCUGUUGACCAUCAAGACUUCCACACGCAAAUCUACUUAAAGAGACCGAUAAUAAAAAACCUGUCAUCAUUUUAUCGCCCUCACGUCAUGUCAAACCUGUUUCUGCGGAACACAAAAGAAGAUACUUUGAAGAACCAAACUCCAACCAUUGGCUUCCAUUGAAUGGACACAAAACCGCUGAGACAUCUUCUCUUGAGUCACACACGGGUUUUGGACGUCGUGAGGGUUAAUAAACGAUGACGCUUUUGAUUUUCGGGUUCCUUUAAAGUCGUAAUGGUCCAUAAACGUGAUGGGAACCCGGCGAUGGUGUCGAGGUUUCCUUUAUGGUUGGUUACGCACUUCUAGCGUUCCUAAAUAGUGAUGGUUUUUGAUUUCUGGAACUCGUGGCUUUCCCGUUCAAAGCGCUUCGUGGUGUUGUCGAAGGUGUCGUGUCGAUGUGUCGCGUGUUAGAGGAAGCAUAAGUACAGUAUGUGCCUUCAUGUUAUCUCGUCGGUGAGCUUGUUAUUAUUAAGAAGCUGACGCCAGCCAGUUGUGUUUGCACUAAAACCAAAUCGCUUUCGUGACGUAGGUUCGUUCGAGCAAGCUUGUUGCGGUGUGCAUGAGGGUGAGCUUCCAUGCGUUCUAGAGAUAGAGCUCUUAUCUGUUGAGUCGUAAACUAGAAAAAUCUCAGUUUCGUUUCGUUUGGGAUCUUCAUCGUCACGUCUCGCGGUGAAAUAUUCCACGUUUAACACGCCGUGUACACACAACAGAUGCUAAAGUAGAGUAUUUCAGACGUCUGUGGAAGAGACGCUCACGCGUCGCUCUGAAUCAAUGGGGAUGCAUGUGUUCCUGAGGUCGCCUCAAGACUAUUGGUCACGCUGUUUUCCUUUUGGGUUCCUUUUGCUUUGCGUUACGUUGCAUUUGUAACGUAUUUUGAUUUGGUUUAUUGAUACCUAAAAAAAGGCCCACAUGCUUUUCAGUUUUACAAAUGCACCUUAUUCUCGCUCGUCCGAACGGGACGGGUUUUGUAAUAUCUCUAAUUUAGCACCUUACUCUACGCAGCAUGAUUUCACUUUAUGCCGGUUUUGCUAUACUUCCAUGCGUAUAUGAUUUGAACGAAAAAAUAAACCUUAUAUAUAUAUAUAUAUAUAUUUUGUGAAAAAUAUUCAAAGGGAUGUGCCAAAGUUUCGAGGCGAUCUCCCUUGUUUUUAUGCGUAUUAUUGGUUUUUUGUUUCGGAUUCUUCUGCUUCAGUUAUUUCAGUGGUAUCUUACGAAUAACCUUUCUUACAAAUGUGUUUAGCAAAAAAGAAAAAAAAUCAGCAAACAGUAUCAUUACUUGCCAUUUUACAGUAAACCCUGUAUUUUCACGUAUAUUUACCAGUGAUGUGUAUUUGUUAUUAUACAGAAAAUAGCCGUAAACGCUUCAUUAUGUUACAUAAUAUUGUGACUUUUUUUGGAAAAAACUGUGAAGACUUGCAUAUACUUUAUACAGAAGUAUUAAGCCUUAAUGCAAAAGACUAAAAAAAAAGAGUGGAAGAAGAACUGAUUGUUGCAAAGUAAGGAUGAUUUUUUGUAAAUGUUACCAGCACCUUUUUUUGUAAUUUUCACUCUCUGAGGUAUUGUACAAGUUCACUCUGUUUGUGAAGUUUGAAUAUGAAGGAAUAAAAAUAGUACUUUCCUGUACUUUACAGGACGG